AUGGCUGCGCAAGGACAAUGCUCCAUGAGGGGCAAAUGCGGCAGCAAUUAUGGCAAGCCGCUACCAUGCCCAUAUGAUGGGCCACCUCAAGAGCUUGACCAAGAAGGAAAGGAUUUGCUCGCAUCCGUUUGCGGACCCAAGUUUGCCCAAGGACCAGUUUGUUGUACAACGGACCAGAUCGCGACGCUCAAGUCCAACUUUCAAACACCAGACCAACUCGUAUCGUCCUGUCCGGCAUGCAAGAAUAAUUUCCACGAAUUUUACUGCCAUUUUACAUGCUCCCCCAACCAAGCCGAUUUUGUUACUGUCACAUCUACCGAAGAAGGUGCUGUCAAGUCGGUUGAUUUCAGGGUGACGGAAUCAUACGGAACUGGCUUUUACGACAGCUGCAAAGACGUCAAGUUUGGUGGGCUCAACGACAAUGCUAUGACGCUUAUCGGCGGUGGCGCAACCAAUUAUCAUGAUUUCUUCAAGUAUAUGGGUGCUGUUCGCCCUAUAGGAAGUCCCUUCCAGAUCAACUUUCCUCAGAAAGCGAAUUCGAGCUGGAAUUCACCACUCAACGCUCCUGUUCGUGACUGUACCUCCGAGGGACUCGACAGCCGCUGUACAUGCCUCGACUGUCCCGGUGUCUGUCCAACACUCCCGGCUAUCCCUGGCCAAGGCCCCACUUGCACGGUUGGAGCCUGGUCAUGUUUUACAUUCGGCCUUGUCCUCGUAUACGCUCUCGGGGUCCUGGCUUUCUUAAUCGGAUACCUCAUUCAAUCCUUUAUUCGACGCCGCAGGCGUCUCCGAGACGAGCGACAUGCUCUUUCCGCAGAAGCUGCAUCAGUCACCGGGGCCUUGGUCGGUGCAGGCUCGUUGCAGCAGCGGGACGGCACAGAGUCUACCGGCACCCGUUCCGAAUCACGCCAGAACCUCGGCCGUGGUGCUUCGCUCCUCGAUCCACUCGACUCUCUGCAGCCCCGUCAACACAAACUCAAUACUCAUCUCAGGCGAGGGUGCUACAAGCUCGGUUUGGCAUGCGCCACACACCCAUGGAUUACUUUCACCAUCGUCUUUGCGCUGAUCGGCAUUCUGAACUUGGGAUGGACCAAGUUCGAGGUCGAGACCGACCCCGUGCGCUUGUGGGUCGCUCCUAAUUCGGAGCUCAAGCAGCAGAAGGAAUACUUUGACGAACAUUUCGGGCCGUUUUACAAGACUGAGCAGCUAUUCAUUACUGAUAUUCACGGCGGCCCCGUGAUGACCUACCCACGUCUCAAAUGGUGGCUCGACAUCGAGAACGAGAUUCGAGCACUCAAAUCAGAACCCAACGGUUACUCUCAUCCAGAUGUUUGCUUCAAACCUGCUGGACCACGCGGAGCAUGUGUGGUUCAAUCGGUUAGCGCAUACUUUGGUGGGGAUAUGGAAGACUGGGACGAAGAUUCUUGGGUGGAACAACUCGAAGACUGCGCAUCCCAGCCUGCAAUGUGCUUACCCGACUUUGGACAACCGUUGGCACCCAAAUACGUACUCGGCUCGGCUCCCAAGGACGAUGAAGAUAAUAGAAUUUGGCACAAGGCUGAAGCUAUGGUGGUUACCUUUGUCGUUUCAGACUCGCUCGAUGAAGCUGUUAGGGAGCGGGCAGAAGAGUGGGAGAGGACACUUCGAGUAUACUUGGAAGGUCUAUCUGGAAGGUCCGAACAAGAAGCUGGUGUCAAGAUUGCGUUUUCGACUGGUGUGAGCUUGACCGAGGAGAUCAACAAGAGCACCAAUACUGAUAAGAAUAUUGUUAUUCUCUCUUAUCUCGUGAUGUUCUUCUACAUCGCCUUGACUCUGGGCAAAGGUGGAACCUCGUACAUGGGCGAUCUCCUCCGUGGCUCCAAGAGCCGACGCAUCUCCUCGCUCUUUACAGGCACCAAAUUUACUCUUGGGUUCUUUGGUAUUGUUCUUGUCCUUGCAUCAGUGUCAACCAGCGUCGGAAUUUUCUCCUUCCUGGGUGUGCGCGUGACUCUUAUCAUUGCCGAAGUUAUUCCCUUCCUCGUUCUCGCGGUCGGAGUAGACAACGUAUUCAUUUUGGUUCACGAACUCGAUCGUCAGAACUCCCUCCAUGGUCCUGGUACAUCCCUCCAGCAUACCGAAGUGGACGCUUCAGCUCUUUCUCCAAUGUCGCGGCCAGGCUCGAUUCGUUCACACUUGACGCCUGAAGAGCGGGUCGCACGAGCAGUGGCGAGGAUGGGUCCAUCGAUUGCACUGAGCACGUUGACUGAGACGACUGCCUUUGCACUAGGAGCCUUGGUACCUAUGCCUGCGGUUCGUAACUUUGCAUUGUAUGCCGCAGGAAGCGUGUUUGUGGGUGCUUGCCUCCAAGCCACCGCCUUUGUUUCAGCCCUCGCUCUGGAUCUGCGUCGCGCCGAGUCCAGGCGUGUGGACUGUAUUCCAUGCAUCACAGUCGGUGGCGGGAUCGUCCUUGAAGGCGAAGAGAGCGAGCGCGACGGUGUUGCGGGCCUCAAACUCCGGGAAAGCUUUAUGACCGGGUGUGUGAGGCGCUAUGCGGUAGUGUUGAUGAAGCGUCCAGUCAAGGCUCUAGUGAUGGUGGUAUUUGCGGGCAUAUUCGUAUUGAGCGUUGUCUCGAUGCAAAGAAUUGAACUUGGGUUGGACCAACGCCUUGCCCUCCCCUCUUCGUCGUACCUCGUCCCUUACUUCAACGCCCUUGACCAGCACUUUGCGGUCGGACCUCCAGUCUACUUUGUUUCUCGUGCGAAUGCCUCGGCGCGCACAAAUCAACAACAGCUCUGUGCAAAAUUCACAUCGUGCUCGACCACUUCAAUCGCGAAUGUCCUCGAAGCUGAACGCAAACGGUCUCAAGUGUCGUACAUUGCCGAUCCGCCAGCAAGCUGGAUCGACGACUUUAUGUAUUGGCUGAACCCUGAACUGAGCACUUGCUGUCGCGUACGGCGGGCGGACCCGAGCGUAUUCUGCGGCCCGAGAGACAGAGAGAGGCUCUGUCGCCCUUGUUUCGAGGACCGUGUCCCAGAAUGGAAUGUGACGCUCUCUGGAAUGCCCGAGGGAGAAGAAUUCUUGCGUUACCUCAACCAAUGGCUCAUCAGCCCAACGGACGAAGACUGCCCUCUUGGCGGCCGAGCAUCAUACGGCUCUGCUCUAUCAAUUCAGGACCACGCCAUUGAAGCCUCGCAUUUCAGAACUUUCCACGCGCCGUUGAAGACCCAGGCGGACUUUAUCAAUGCUCUCAGCAGCUCAAAGAGAAUCGCUACCGAGCUGACCGAAAGUACAGGGUCAGAGGUGUUUGCGUACUCGCUGCCGUAUGUGUUCUUUGAACAAUAUGCGACGAUCGUCUCUACAGCACAAGGCGUACUUGGACUCGGCCUCGCCGCGGUGUUGAUCAUCACAGGGCUCUUGCUCGGAUCAUGGAGGACAGGCGUCGUCGUCACCGGUGUCGUCGGAUUGGCAGUGUGCACAGUAAUCGGAGCGAUGGCCUGGGAGGGCGUCAUGCUCAACGCCAUCUCGCUCGUGAACCUGGUGAUCGCACUCGGAAUCGGAGUCGAGUUUUGUGCCCAUGUUGCGCGUGCCUUUGUCGGCGCGCCCUCGACCAUACUCCGUGGACGAGAAGCGUCGAUCGGAGUGGACUCGGAAGUCCAAGACGAGCGCGGACGCGAGCGGGACGAGAGGGUGGUGUUUGCGCUGGCAGAUGUUGGGCCGAGUGUACUGAGCGGGAUUACGUUCACCAAGCUAAUUGGGAUGUGCGUGUUGGGUCUGACGAGGAGCAAGCUGCUCGAGAUCUACUACUUCCGAAUGUGGUCAACUCUGAUUGUUUCUGGUGCACUGCACGGAUUGGUUCUGUUGCCCGUCGUGUUGAGCGUGGCGGGUGGACCUGCCUAUGCGCUCGAAGACCAGGACGAAGAGUGGAUUAGCUCGGUGAUGAGGAGACAGAUUACGAAUAUACGUGACCCAUUCGUGGCUGAUGACGACGAGUCGGUCCAUGAAGAUUAA